UCUACAUAUCUCCUUGCGUCCAGACCGUCCUCCCUUUUGCGUGUCUUUUGCUGCUUUGACGGAACCAUCACCACAAAGAACGACAACAUGGUCCAGCCCACGUGGAACGGCAACAAAGGAUAACCCGUACAGAAGUGGCCGGGAGCGACGUCGUGGUUUGCCUGGGGCACGAGCUGCGACAAUACGCUGCUGCUGCGACAACCAGACGGGAUAUCCACUUUUCGCUUCACACCAACCACACCACACCUUGGCCAGACGAGACGACAUGGCUACUCGCAGCUAUGCAGAUGUUGCGCCCACGGCUGCCACUAUCGCUCUCAACGCCUACAUCUAUGGCUACGGAGGACACUCGUUGGUGACUCCACACGUCCAGCUCAAACAACGCUGGUGGACAGAUGAGAGAAUCGAUGCCAAGGUCACACGAGCAUUCAUCAUCAGCAAGCUCCGGAAUGAAGAACGCGACAUGGUCGAUGGACCCAUCAAAGGCUUUGGCGGUCUUACCGACGACAGCUACAUGGAGUGGAUAUUAGAGCGUGCCAAGCGCUUCUUUCUCAUUCUCAACGACAUUGACAAGUCAGAUCAGAUCUUCGGUUGUAUCGACGAGAGCUGGGAUGACGAUGAUUUGCCUCUAUCACUGGAUGAGAUACCGUCACUCAACCUAGAUACCAAGAAUAACGAUGGACUGAACAAGAGAUUCUACGAUGCGCAGUUCGUAUUCAUGCUGCGAGAGCUGAAGAAGGGCGCGCAUAUUGAAUAUGGACCGAAUGAGCACAUUCCGAUGGAGCAUGUCAACACCAUGCCUCCGGCAGUGUGUCUUCAGACGUUCGAUCGUAUACACUUUCCAGGACGAGUGGACGACGUAUUCAUGCGAAGAAAGUAUCCUCUGAUCAACAAGGAGACCGGCGAGCGGUUCCAUGACAGGUUUAUGCGCGAUGUACGAAAGGCAAAGGCGCUUGCCCAUGAGCACAUUGCACCCUGCUGGGCAUCAUAUACCUCGGAAAAUGCUGGAUUUGUCAUUUCCGACUUUGUCGCCGAACACUCCAUCGGUACCUAUAUUGAGCAUCGGACGCCGACGCAAUACAUGCGAGUAGCCGCCCCCGAGCGUCCGGUUCUGCUGUGCGAGUGGAUGCACUGUCUCUCCGAUGCCCUCGCGUGCCUGCACAGCCGAGGCGUCGCACAUACCGCCAUCCGGCCCUCCAAUGUGUGGAUCGAUAAGGAUAAUCACAUUGCGUUUGGUGAUGUAGGAUCGAUCAGCACAUUUCAGAGAGGCAAGAAGGCGGGCAAAACAGAGGCAUACGAUUACGCAGCACCCGAGUCGCAUAUAUCGAAAAGGCCAGUGGUGCUGAAGUCGAGCUCGCCACCUGUCAGCAGCAUCGGCGCAUUCUCUCGAUUGCGGAAGAUGAGCACGAGUACGUUUGCGACCAUCGACACGGUGAGCUCGUCAGAAUCCUCCAGCGCCAGCAGCAUCAGAAGCAAUAGCUUCAUCGGUGGUACCUCCAUCGGAAGCCCCGUGAUGUCUCCCGCAGCAUCGUCAUUCGGAGAAGGUCGCACCAACAGCGUGACCACCAUUCGUACAGCACUCCCACCAACAUUCGAAUCGGAGCCCGUCUCUCCCGUCUCUUUCACGUCGAGCCGCACCCAUUCGAGACAGAUUUCGGAGACGUGCCAUUCACCUACGAUUCCCAUCGGGCCUUUCUCGCCGGUCUCGCCUUUCUCCCCAGCAUCUUUCGAUACUGCAUCUCUGCUUCUCCAGAGGCCUUCCACAAUCAGUGCCGCCAGCCUGCGUGAUCUCCCCACAGCGGUGCCUGAAAUGAGCGACAUUUGGUCUCUUGCAUGCAUCUUUCUCGACAUCAUCACUUUCAUGAUCAAAGGAAAGAACAACGAGUUCCUGAAGUUCCGCGCAACGAGAGUUCAAACGAAGAACCGCACGCGUACAGACACGUCGUUCCACAAUGAGCCCGAUAAGAUUUCGGCGUGGAUCAGCAUACUAGAAGAAGAAAGUAAGAAGCGCGACGAGAAGAUUUACCGCGCCGUUCCGGAGCUGUUGGCACUGGUGAGGAUCAUGAUGUCUCAGAACGCGACUCUGCGACCAACCGCGCGAGAAGUCCGAGAUCGCAUCGAGGAGAUUCUGGUCGGUGAGUGUGGCGUAGAACACUUAUGCUGUACCGACCGAGAGUGGCCCGAAUACGACAAGAACCAUCUCAAAGACGAAUCCACAUCUUCCGGUCGCCGAACACGCCACGACUCUCCUCUGCAAGAUGACCACCUGCCCAUGGGUUCCCUGAGCGUCGACGCCCCCCGAAAAGGCAGCGAUUCAGGCCCUCGGGCGACGAGUGUCCUCGAAAAGCGCCUCAGCCCCGACCAGCAAGCGGCUGCUCUCGCACAGACCGAAGUGCAACGACGCCGUCGGAGCUCAACGAGUACUGUCACUGCCAAAGUCAGCUCUUGGAAAAUGAAAAUUUUCAGUGGUCGAGCGGAAAUACCACAUCAUUGAAUCAAAAGAAGAAGAAAAGGCAAAAGAUGUGGGAGGGGAGGACUGGAACGGACUGUACAACGAAAGGAAUCUCUGUGCAAAAGAUUAUGCCCGCUCCAUUUUUGCACAUGCUUGUUUGCUUGCUUGCUUGCUGUGGGUAAUAAUGAUCUUUUUCUUUUUUCAUUGUCGGAUAUGAAGGCGGAAGCGAAAGCGAAAGCGAAAUGAGAUACCCUUUUUUUUCUUUCUUUUUGAUCUGGUGUGAUGCGUACAGGUACCUUUCAUACUUUUGAUAGAUAUAUAUCAUCAAAACAUACAUCUUUUCUUGUCU